AUGGACAAGCAACAGCAAAAGAAACCUCGUCAUAGGCACUCGGCCGUCCAGCUCGCCGCCUUGAACGAGCUCUACGACAAAAAUGAACAUCCCUCGCUGGAGGACAGAACAUCUCUCGCGAAGAGGCUUGGAAUGGAAGUCAAGACCGUGAAUGCGUGGUUUCAGAAUAAACGAGCCUCAACAAAGAAACGACAGCAGCAACAACUACAAAACAAGGCACAAAGAUCUAAUAACCCUUACGAGCUUCCGCCUAUAUCCGCUCUAUUGGCGUCCGCACCGUCCCCUUCCACAUCGAGCCCCGUUUCUCGCCCUGUUCAUCGAUCAUCGUUGCCCGUGGAAUACGACGAUUACUUUGACGAGGAAGACCAUAUAAUGCACAGUCAUCUUCCGCCUAUCGGAGGCUAUCCCCCACAUCAGUCAGCUUUCUACGCAGGAACUGCUGAGGGUAGGCAUAUUAUCGAGUCAACGCCGGAGCCGACCGUUCCCCGCAAGAUGCGCUUUAGGCCCACUCCUCAGCAAACCGAAGAACUGAGAAAGGUUUACAAUGUCAAUCCUCACCCAAGUAAGGAAGAGCGCGAAGAGCUUGGUGAGAGUAUCGGAAUGCGAUAUCAAAGUGUAACGAACUGGUUCCAGAAUCAGCGCAGUCUUGCGAAGAAACGCAAGGAGGAUGAAGCUGACGGUCUCAACUCUGAUGCUCAUUCUGUAGCGGAGUCCCGUCGUACACGCACGUCGUCUCCUGUCACCUACUCCGCCUUCCCGCCGGCCUCCUCGCAUCCCUCGUUAGGUCUCGGUGUGCCAUCGGCGUCUGCCCUCCACCCGUCUCUUCGUCCGUCUACUCCCUCUGUUCCGCGAUCCAUGCCCUACUCCGUCUCCGGUAGCUCCCGAGCUCGCCCUCGUCGCUCACGACCUGAACCUUACCAGCUAGAGAAGCUCAAAGACCUGUUCCGUCGUACCAGCACUCCCAGUAUUGAAGAGCGCGGUGCUCUUGCUUUGGAGAUUGACAUGGAGUUGAGCAAAGUGACGAACUGGUUUAGGAACCUCAGGCAAACCGCUAGGAGGCGAGGCAUGCGAGUCGAAGACUUCUUGGACGAAUACGAUGGCGGGUCGGCUGAAGUCUCCCGGGCUGGAACGCCCGCUCCUUCUGGUGUAUCCAGUGCUGCGUCAUUACCAGAUGAUGCCGAUAGGAUGGAGAUGGACGUCGAGGAUGCUGACUCGGGUUUGAACAUGCGUUUGACGUCCCGCAGCCAUUCCGAUGCUUCAGAUGAAGAGUAUCAAGAGGAGAUCGUCACGCCCUCGCCCUCCCCGCCGCCUUCAGCCUCUGCCCCGGUGAAGGUGCAUACGACAUCGCCGAUCUCUGACUGGGCGGAGAAGACGUGCAUGGAACGAUGCGCGAUGCAUGGCGUGAAGAUGGAAGAUGCUCUACUGCUCUUGAGCUUCCAUCAAUCCGCCGUUCUCGGGGCCUAA